ACGUCACCUUAACUCCCACUACGAUCGAUCCCCGACAUCGUCUUCGCCGCCGGUCAACAUCGUACCUCCGCCUCGGUGAACGGAGUUCCUCCACCUCCGCCGCCGAUUCCGUUUGAAACUCCGGUGUAAAUUUCUUGAAUUUCUUCUGUUCUUUCGCUGCCCUUUCGGUGUAGGGAUAUACAAAGAUGACAACAAUAGAAACUGCCGGAAAAUCUCAAAGUUCUGCCACUACUGCUGCGUCCAAGCCUCGAGGACCGUCAUCGUCAUUUAAAAGAUGGGGUAGGAGACAUCCAUUUGUAAGAUACGGGCUUCCGAUGAUAUCUCUCACCGUUUUUGGAGCAGUCGGGCUCAGCCAACUCCUGCAAGGCAGCAAGGACAUUGCAAAGGUGAAGGAUGAUCAAGAAUGGGAGAUCAUAGAGGAAAGGAAAGCGCUUUCAAGAACGGGACCGGUCGAUGCGUAUAAACCUAAAAAGAUAUCGAUAGAGGAAGAGCUCGAGGCUUUGCAAGAGAAGCUGGACAUAAACGAGUACGAGUACAAGAAAAUCCCGAGGCCAACCGAAAGCAAAUCAAGAAGCUAAGUAAUAAAUCUUAUCUCAUAUGAUGUUUUCAUCGUUUGUCUCUUAGUUGUGUUUUGCUGUUUUAGAUGUUUUUGAAACAUGGGGGGAAAUGCUUAAAUGGGUGUGUUAUUUUUUAUGCAAAUAAUGAAUAAUUCAUGCUAAAAUAAUGAAAUUUCGGUCUAGCGUUGGUAAUGAUUA